GCUGCUCCCGGGAGGAGGCGGCGGCGGGCCGGGGCCGGGGCCCGGCAUGGAUGGCCGCGACUUCGCACCGCCGCCUCAUCUGCUGUCGGAGCGCGGAAGCCUGGGCCACCGCAGCGCCGCCGCCGCCGCGCGCCUCGCCCCGCCCGGGCCCGCCGCGCAGCCCCCCGCUCACUUCCAGCCCGGAAAGUACUUCCCGUCGCCGCUGCCCAUGGCUUCGCACACAGCCAGCAGCCGCCUGAUGGGGAACUCUCCGGCCUCCUCUUUCAUGGGCAGUUUCCUCACCAGCAGCCUGGGCUCGGCGGCCUCUGCGCACCCCAGUGGCCCCACCCCAUCCCCCUCGGAGCAGGCCUACCGGGGCUCACACCCUGCCACCUCCCAGAUCUGGUUCUCCCACUCCCAUGAAGCUCCAGGGUACCCCAGAUUUUCGGGGAGUCUGGCAUCCACCUUCCUACCCAUGAGCCACUUGGAUCACCAUGGAAACAGCAAUGUUCUCUAUGGGCAACAUCGUUUCUAUGGAACCCAAAAAGAUAACUUCUACCUGCGCAACCUGCCCCCCCAGCCCACGCUCCUGCCCGCCAACCACAACUUCCCCAGUGUGGCCCGGGCUGCCCCCGGCCACCCCAUCGGCUCCUGCAGCCGCGACCGGGGCGAGGCCAGCCACCUGCAGAAGGGCACCAAGGAGUUUGACCGCUUCCUCAUGGGCAAAGAGAAAGCCGGCAAGGCGGUGGAGGGCAAGGAGCGGCCGGCAGCGGAGGAGGACGUCGCCCGGGGGCGGCACAAGCUGGUGCUGCCCGUGCCAGGGGACUCUCACUGCAAGGAGGGCAGCGUGGCCCGGGGAGCUUGUGAAGGCCGCCCCAAGCACCUGGCGUCCUGCCUUCUCAACACCAAGGUGCUUGACGGCGAGCUGGGCCGGUCUGCGCUGGCCAGCUGCGCGGGGGCCGUGCUGGGGCGGCCGGGUGUGGGCGUGCCAGCCUCUGGACGCUGCACCAAGGAGGCGGCGGGCCCCGCAGAGCCCGGGCCAGCCUUCAGCGAGUGCCUGGAGCGGAGGCAGAUGCUGCACCACGCCGUGUCGUACACAGUGCCGUCCGGCCUGCCCGCGGGGCCACCCCCUCCCCUCAGCACAGCCGCAGCCGGCCCCUUCCCCUGCCUGCAGCUGCAUGGGGGCCCGGAUGGGCUCUGCCCCUUGCAGGACAAAGUCCCCCGGGACCUGAAGGCCAGCGGGCCCACCUUCGUGCCUUCCGUGGGACACCUGGCCGACAAGAGCCGCCCCUUCCAGGCGGCCGAGGCCUGUGCCGUGGUGGGUGAGAGCAAGGACCGGCACCUGGAGGCGGCUGCCGCGCCUGACCAUGCUGCACCUUACGGGGUCUCCUAUGCCCACCUGAAGGCCGAGGGCAAGGGUGAGCGGCGGUCCGGGAGCUUCGAGGCGGCCCUCAACCCCCGACUGAAGGGCCUGGAGUACCUGGACAGUGCCGGCCCCGAGGCCCCCUUCCCCGGGGUCCCCAAAGCGGGUCUGGACAAAAGCGGCUACUUUGAGUUGCCCGCCCCCUCGCAAGACUGCGCCCGGCCUAAUCACCAGGACCCACUGGGCGGGAAGGUCACCCAGGCCUGCUGCACUUUAGACAAGGCUGCCAGCAAGGAGACUCCUGUGGGUGCCCCCGGGGCCCAGAAGGUGGCUCGCAUCCGGCAUCAGCAGCACUUGGUGGCCCCUGAGGUAGAACCGGGGGGCAGCGGGGCCGAGGCCAAGCGCAAGUCUCUGGAGCUGGCGUCUCUGGGCUAUGGCGGGCCGCCCCCACCCCCGUGGAAUGUCCAGUCAGGCCAGGGGGCCACCAUGGCCAUUGGUGAGGAGCGCAAGGCAGGCACCUAUCUGGACCCCUUUGGUGGCACCCUGCAGCAGGCUGCCCUCCUGCCACAGGACCUGCCCACCCCGCCCGACGAGGUCUCGGCCAUGAAGAACCUGCUCAAGUACAGCAACCAAGCUCUGGUCGUUGGCCAGAAGGCGCCCUUCGUGGGCCUCGGGGGCCUGAAGGCCAGCUGUGCCCAGCAGGACGGGAAGUUCCCAGCGUCCAAGGGUGCAGGCCAGGCCCCGGGCGAGGUGGAAAGGCCCGACUGUGCCCGAAGCCGGGAGCAUGAUGCCACCCACAGUGAUGGGGAGGUGCGGCAGCCGCCCGUGGGCAUUGCAGUAGCCUUGGCCAGGCAGAAGGACACAGUGAGCCGGUCGGAGUCGGCCUACAGUGCCAACACAGGGCGGCAGGGCCGGGCAGCCCCCACCUUCAAAGCUGGCGGUGGGCCCCGUUCCGCCCACCCGCUGGACCUGGAGGCCGAGGAGGAGAGGGCCCGCCUGUGUGAGGACCGCCUGGGGCUCGCCGGCCGUGAACUGCUGCUGCAGGACAACAAGGACCUCGUGGAAUUCGCCCGGAUCCACCCAUCAGGCGGCUGUCCCGGGGACCUGGCCCCCCAUCUCAUGAUCACCGGGGGAUCCUCCCUGCAGAGCAGCCAGCUGGCCGGGGACCCGGCCCCCCAUCCCCACCCUGCCCACCCUCCCUGGCUGCCCCGCACCCGCAGCCCCUCCUUGUGGAUGGGAGGACAUUCCUACGGUCAGUGUCUGAGGGCAGGCCUUGGGCACCCUGCCCUGCACCAGAAUCUGCCCCCCGGCUUCCCUGCAUCCGUGCCCGGCUCCAUGCCCCCCGUCUUCCCCCUCUCCCAGGAAACCCCCACACAACUAGUCAUCCUGCCCUCUGAGCCCACACCCCACACGGCCCCCCAUGCGCUUGCUGAUGUCAUGGACCAGGCUUCGCUGUGGCCCCCCAUGUACGGGGGUCGGGGCCCCGCCUCCCACAUGCAGCACCCGGGCCAGCUCCCCGUCUACUCGCGGUCCCAGUUCCUGCGGCAACAGGAGCUGUAUGCCCUGCAGCAGCAGCAACAGCAGCAGCAGCAGCAGCAGCGGGCCACUCAGGCCCUGGAGCUGCAGCGGGCCAGCCAAUUCCAGCAGAAGCCUGAGGACCACCACCUGGAGCUGGAGGAGCCCGCCCAGGAGAAGGCCUUGAAGUCCACCCACAAGCCAGUUGCCUUAACCCCCACGGCCAAGGGCACCCCCUCACCCGCCACCGCAGGCCCUGCCAAGCUGUCACCCUGCUGCCACUCUCCCGCCCCAAAGCCCCCCACUGCCAGCUGCCCCACACCAUCACCACAUCCUGGCGCCCCGUGCACUUUAUCCGUCUGCCCCACCGGCAGCCCUGGGCUAGGCUCCAAGCUGCCCGGCACCGAAGACAAGAGUGGGGAGGGCCAGCGCCCCAGAGCCGACCUCAACAAGUUGGAACCAGACCUGCCUCCCGGAUACACGUGCCCCGCGGUGGCCAGCUCGGGCUUCUCCCUGCCCCGCAGCGUGCACUCAUCUGACCUCUCGGACCCCGAAACUAUGCAAACCGCCCCCCUGGGGCCCCAGCCUGAGCUGGCCAGGACGUUCCCGCCUGGGGAGCUCUGCCUCCGCAGCCCCCAGAAACUGGAGGAGCCUGGGCUGCCCUCAGGGACCAGGGAGGCCACCCAGGACCUUGCCACCACGCCCCACCCUGCCGAGCGGGGACCCCCGGGGAAGGCAGCAGACCCCAGUCCGCUGGAGGGGCUGCGAGAACUGCGGUGCGGGGCUCUCCUCGAGGGAGGGGGCCCUGAGGCCUCUGGCCAGGCUGAUUCUACUCAGGGAGGAGGGGCCCAAGAGGCAAGGACCACGGAGGAGGGGCGGGAGGAGGGAGAGCUGGGGCCCUCGUUGGGGGCCAGUCCCCAGGCCGUGGAGCAGCCGGCGAGGAGCCUGGGCUCCCUGGAUCAGGCCGAGCCGGGCAAACAGCAAGCCCCUACAGAAGCAGAGGCGGAGGAGGUGGCCGAGUUCGAGGAGGCCGAGCUAGAUGAGGAGGAAGAGAAGCAGGACUGGGGUUCAACUCCUGACAACAGCCAGCUGCCCAGGGAGCUGCCCGGGCUGGAUGCUCUGGUGGCAGCCACCAUCAGCCUGGGGGACCUGCCUGGCAUCGGCCCACUGGACCCUCCGCCCCUCGCUGUCCCUGGGCCACCCAGCACAGCUCCCCUGCCCCGUAGCUCAGGGAUUCAUGGAAUUGCCCUGCUCAGCGAGCUGGCCGACCUGGAGAUCCAGCAGCAGAGGACUGAGCCAACCCUGCAAGAGGAGGAGGAGGUGCUGGCCUUCAACCUGCAGCGCCUGGCCACUCUGGCCUCAGCCUGGUCCCUGGUCGAAGCCGCUAACCUGGACAGCCCCGCCUCCUCGGCCCAGCCCCCCACUGCUGACCCCUGCAGGGCUCCCACUCUCACCCCCCGCAUGCAGAUCCUGCGGCGCAAGGACACCUGGACCCCCAAGACCAAGCCUGUGUGCCCACUGAAGGCUGCCAUCGAUCGGCUGGACACGCAGGAGGUGGAGAUGCGCGUGCAGCUGGCGGAGCUGCAAAGGCGCUACAAGGAGAAGCAGCGGGAGCUGGCCCGGCUGCAGCGCAGGCACGACCAUGAGAGAGACGAGAGCUCGAGGAGCCCUGCCAGGCGAGGGCCCGGCCGGCCACGGAAGCGCAAAUACUCCAGUUUGAUGCCUGCCCUGCGCCCCAGUGACAGCAAGAAAGUCAAGGCAGUGCGGUCUAGCCUGAGCCUGCUGUGUGCUGAGCUGCGGGGUGGCGAUGAUGAGCCUUCGAAGAAGCGAGGCCGGCUAGAGAAGGGCACCUACGUGGGCCUGCAGCCCACGUCUGUGGAGAAGGUUCGGUGCAAGAAGAGCAGCAGUCAGGGCGACCUGGCAUCUGCUGUGGCCCACAAGGUGGCCCAGCUGAAGCCGAAGGUCAAGAGCAAGGGGCUGCCCACUGGCCUCAGCCCCUUCCGGCGGAAGGAGGCCACCCCAGGGGGUCGCAUCCGGAAGAAGCUGUCACGAGCCAAGAAUGCCAAGGCGUCUGGGGCGGCCCGGCACCCACAGCCAGAUGGCGGCAUUGGCGGCAGGGAGGCACCUAAGUUCCCAGCCCAGCCGGCGGCGGCCGCAGCACGUGAGGCAGACAGCGGCUCGGACAGUGAAAACUGUGAUGGUCUGCUGGAGACAGAAGAGCCCCCCAAGGAGCCCGGGUUGGUGCUACAUGCUGGGGCCCGCAUGGCCGUGCUGGGGCCCUCGCCCUCCUCCGUGGUCAAGAUGGAGGCCAACCAGAAGGCCAAGAAGAAGAAGGAGAGGCAGAGCUUGCUAGGGGCCUGCCGCCUGUCCAGCCCCGAGAGUGAGGUCAAGGUCAAGCGGAGGACAGUGAAGACCAAGGUGGGCAGCAAGCUGGAGCGGGCCCCGGGGCGCAGGCCCCCAGGUGGGCCCGGCAAGAAGAAGGCCAAGGCCAAGGGUGGCCUGCGGGCAGAGCCGGGGACUGCGCCCGGCAGGGAAGCCCUCUGCAGCCCCGCCCAGGCCUUCACCUGCCACGAGGAGGGCAGCAGGCUGGCCAGCGAGCGCCUCAAGAGAGCCACGCGCAAGAGCACGGUGCUCCAGCCGGGGCUGCGGCGGAAGAACGGGGCCCUGUCCAUUGCCCUGUCACCCCGCAACGCCAAGGCCAUCCUGGGGAGGGGCCGGAAGGCGGGCAAGGUGAAAACCAAGGCCGUUGGCAAACAGGGCAAGGGCCGGGCGGUAAGUCGGCUGCUGGAGAGCUUUGCUGUGGAGGACGACUUUGAGUUUGAGGACAGCAGCUGCCUCUCGGAGGACGAGGAAGAGGAGGAGACCGGUGGCCCCCUGAGCGCCGAGCAGAGCGCCGCCCUCGCACGCUCGUGCACCAUUCAUAAGGAGGACCUGCAGGAUGGGCUGCCUGUGCUCAUCCCCAAGGAGGACAGUCUGCUGUACGCAGGCAGCGUCAGGACCCUGCAGCCCCCUGACAUCUACAGCAUCGUCAUCGAGGGCGAGAGAGGCAACCGGCAAAGGAUCUACUCUCUGGAGCAGCUGCUGCAGGAGGCGGUUCUGGAUGUCCGACCGCAGUCCAGCCGGUACCUCCCGCCUGGCACGAGGGUCUGUGCCUACUGGAGCCAGAAGUCCCGCUGCCUGUAUCCAGGCAAUGUAGUGCGAGGUGCCUCCAGUGAUGAGGAAGAGGACCUGGACUCUGUGGUGGUGGAGUUUGACGAUGGAGACACUGGCCACAUCGCUGUUUCCAAUAUCAGGCUGUUGCCUCCGGACUUCAAGAUCCAGUGCACGGAGCCCUCGCCAGCCCUGCUGGUGUCCAGCAGCUGCCGGAGGACCAAGAAAUCUUCCUGUGAGGCGCCCCCACCCAGUGAGGCCACCGCUCCCAGCCUGUCUCCUAAGGCUCAUGACGGGUCCGAAGCCUCAAAGACCUCCGGGAAGAAAUCCACAGGCAAAGACAAAGCUGGCAAAGCAGAGCUCCUGACCUCUGGUGCCAAGCCCCCCGCCGGUGCCUCAGACCACUUCUUGGGCCGCCGAGGCAGCCCCCUGCUGAGCUGGUCAGCGGUGGCGCAGACCAAGCGGAAGGCAGUGGCCGCAGCAGGCAGCAAGGGGCCAGGCAUGCUGCAGAACCUCUUCCAGCUCAACGGCAGCGCCAAGAAGCUGCGGGCCCGCGAGGCCCUGUUCCCCAUGCACAGCGUGGCGCCACCCGUGUUCGGCAACGGCUUCCGUGCUGACUCCUUCAGCAGCCUGGCCAGCUCCUACGCGCCCUUCGUCGGGGGGGCUGGGCCUGGCCUGCCCGGGGGUGCCCACAAACUGCUGCGGGCUAAGAAGGCCGAGGCUGAGAAGGGUGGGCGGCGGCGGGCGGGCAGCGAGUUCCUGGUCAAGCUGGACCACGAGGGCGUGACCUCCCCCAAGAGCAAGAACUGCAAGGCGCUACAUGCUGGCGACAAGGACUCGGGGCCCAGGCCGGGGAGGCCCCUGCCCAGCCCCAGCUACGGGCACCCGGCCCUCGUGGGCAAGGACAGGAAGGGGCGGGCACCCGUCCACCCGCUGUCCAUGGGGCUGGCGCUGCGCAAGUUCACAGGCCAGGCUGAGUACCCGCUGCCCUGCGACAGUGACUGCCACAGCUCCUACUCAGACGAGGAGGAGGACGGGCCUGGCCUGGCACCCGGCGUGCCCUCCCGCUUCCUCGCCCGCCUGUCCGUGUCCUCCUCGUCCUCGGGUUCGUCCACUUCCUCCUCCUCGGGCUCCCUGUCCACCUCCAGCCUCUGCUCCUCCGACGACGAGGGCUCUUCCUACACCUCGGAUGAGGAGGACCCCGCCCUGCUGCUGCAGACAUGCCUCACCCACCCAGUGCCCGCCCUCCUGGCCCAGCCCGAGGCCCUGCGCUCCAAGGGGGGCGGCCCUCACCCGCAUGCCCAGCGCUGCUUCCUGUCCAGGGCUGCCGUGGCCGGUGGGGGAGCGGGCGCGGGCCCCAGCGGCAACAGACCCCGGCUCAAGCGCAAGGAGGCCCUGAGCUUCUCCAAAGCCAAAGAGCUGUCCCGGAGGCAGCGGCUGCCCUCCGUGGAAAACCGGCCAAAGAUCUCAGCCUUCCUGCCCGCCCGGCAGCUCUGGAAGUGGUCGGGGAACCCCACGCAGAGGCGUGGCAUGAAGGGGAAGGCCAGGAAGCUGUUCUACAAGGCUAUCGUCCGGGGCAAGGAGACGCUUCGCAUCGGGGACUGCGCGGUCUUCCUGUCGGCCGGGCGGCCCAACCUGCCCUACAUCGGCCGCAUCGAGAGCAUGUGGGAGUCGUGGGGCAGCAACAUGGUGGUGAAGGUCAAGUGGUUCUACCAUCCGGAGGAGACCAAACUGGGGAAGCGGCAGAGCGACGGGAAGAACGCGCUGUACCAGUCCUGCCAUGAGGACGAGAACGACGUGCAGACCAUCUCCCACAAGUGCCAGGUCGUAGGGCGCGAGCAGUAUGAGCAGAUGACACGGAGCCGCAAGUACCAGGACCGACGGGACCUCUACUACCUGGCGGGCACCUACGACCCCACCACGGGGCGCCUGGUGACAGCUGACGGCGUGCCCAUUCUGUGCUGACUCUGCGCGGAUGGCCACAGGUGGCCCACCCACCCAGCGGUGCCCGGCGUGCAAGCCACAGGCACAAGAGGACGCAGCCCCACGCCUCUGAGUAGGAGGCUGGCCCACACCUCGGAGGGGCGAGUCUGAGCAAAUAUGCAAACCCACCAAGGCAAGAUCCAGGCUUUUUUUUUAUUAUUAUUAUUUUCCCUGGAAAGCAAGAGAGUUUUUAGGCGUCGGAACACAGUCCCAUCCGUCUGCUGCGGAGGGUCAGCUGUGCCCCCAACUGGGACCCGCCGGCCCUCUCUGUUUUCCCGCAUUGGCAGUUCACGAGAGAUUAGAAUCCAAGCCAUAUUUUCCCUAGUACCUCCGACUGUCUCCCACCAGGGAAAGCAGAAAUCAGGUGUGUUGUCUAUUUAUUUCUCUAUGUAAAUAUUGUAUUCCUUGCGGGGAAGUUUUAUGGAAAAAAAGUGGAAAAGGAUUUUUUUUUUCCCCACACGCGUGACAAGGGUGUGUGUGGGUGAGUGUGUGUGUGUGUGUCUGUGUAUGUGUGUGUGUAGAGAUUUUGUUCUGGGGGGUUUUCUUUGAAAAUGCACUGUUUUCCUCAGCCUAGCUGAGUUCCAACUGGGGCGUCUGUGACGACAGAGGCAGCUGGGGCGUGGUCUGAGGGGCCAGAGGCCACAGGAGGGAUCAGACAGAACCCUAGAUUAUACCUGCUGACCUCUUGGGGGAACUGUCUAAGAUGGAAGUCACACUCGAGUUUAUUUCCUUUUAAUUCAUCUCCUGGGAAAAAGGUAUUGGGGGAGGUUGAUGAUGAGGGUCCCUCGGCGGGUAGAAGGGAAGCCAGGAGCAGGCUCCCCAGCCCAAAAGUGUGACUGCAGCCAUAUGUAUCUUACCUCUGUUUAAAACAAAGCAAAAAUGAACAAAUGUUUUAAACUAUCAAUAUGAAAGGGUGAUGUUUUGAUUUUAUUUCCUGAAUAUUCCAAGUUAUUUCUGAUUUCCGUUUCAAUGACCAGCUUGCCCAGCCUCCACUCUGAGCAGGAAAGGAACUGGCCCUCCCCAGCUCACGUGGAGGUUUGCGGGCCUUUUCUGCAGCCACUUGGCAGGGCCGAUGGCCUGGCAGGCUAGUGCUUGGGGCCCAGAGCAGGGUUCCUCCUGCCCACACCCCAGCCUCGGGUACAGGGAGCGCUGCUCUGCCCAGCGCCGUAACUACUGUUCUGCUGCAUGGGUGUCCCAGACCCUCAGCACCACCCUAGUAACCCCGGAGAACACGUCACCCUUUCACUUCUCCUGAGGCCAAGAGGGACAGGCAGGGCAAGCCAGGCCCAUGACCCAACAGCCCUUCCCUCCCCCACAAGAAACGCACUGAGUGCUCCAUGCUCCCAUGUCACACUGGGGGUGCCCUGGCCUCACUGAGAGCCCCAGGAAGGCCCCCCAAGCUAGCCACUGCUCCUUCGCACGGGCUCUUGUGUGACCCACAGACCCACACCAGGUACCUGGGAAACAAGUCGGCGGGUGCCUGGGCCCCCUUUUUUUUCCAACCAGGAAAUCACCCCGCCCACACGGAGGGCCCCUCCCCCGCCCUGGCGGCUCCAAGGAAAGUACAGGGACAGGGAGGGGUUCCCCUGCACCCCAGCUAUCCUCUCCCACCCCAACUCUCCCCUUUGUCUCGGCUCGAGUGCAAUAUUUCAUUCCUGGUGGUCGUCCUGGAGACGGCGGCCAAGGUCCUGCUGGCGGCUGGGGAAGUGGAAAGAUGCCUUGGAGAGGACACGGCCAGUUGCCAAGGCGCAUGUGGGGAAGGUCCAGCCGCGGAAACUAGAACCUGAGGCUACUUCCAACCCCAGUCUGCAAGGCAGGAAGGAACAAAACAGGCAGCCUUUUCUUGGCCCUCCCGCCCUCCCGUCGGUUCUUCUCCCUCAUCUGUGGACUUCUGUCCUUUGCUUUCUCUUCCCAUCCCCUCUGUCCGUGUGCGCGCGGACGGCGCAGCCCCGCCCCGUGGUUAAACCUGGCAAAAGCACGACUCAUGUAAAUGUGUAAACUAAGAGGAUGGUUGAUUUUUUUUUUCAAUGUAAACACUAAAAACAAACAAACGAAAAAAAAAAUGCAAAGGUUUUAUGAACAGCAAACUCUAUGUAAAGGCAUUUUAGUAUUAAAUUUUUUAUUGAUAACUUGCUUAAGAAUAAAUAUAUAAACUAUUGUACAGGU